CCAUCACAAGUCCCAAGUUCCGACUUGCUCGACAGCUGCAACUGCAACACCGAACUUUUGUGUUCCCCUUUGCUCAUCGUCACCACUUGACUUGCGUUUAGCCUCACGAAUACCACACGAGUUUUUAUGUGACACGAUUUUCUUUGUUGCUACUACCGCUGACUUGUUGAAACUCUUGUUUUGUUUUGCUUUGCUUGACAGCCGCCGAUACCAAGUUGCAUCUGAAGUCACUGCUCAAGCUGCUGCAACGCCGAUGGUAUAUAAACCCGAGCCCAACAUGAGGACAUGCCAUGCUUGACCGUCUGAUUCAAAGGUGACUUUCGCACCUGUUCUACAAAACGCCCCGAUGAGUAGUCUUAUUUCCGACCCACGACGAUACCAACCAUGUCGACGAAGCAUCCUCCGCUCCAACCACAGGCCUCACCCAUGACCAUCGCCUCUCCCACCACAUCGAAAGCCCGUCGCGAUUCUUCAUCUUGGGCAGGUCCUGCACAGGGACCAGUGCGACCUGCCGUCAGCCAGGAGCAGCUUGCGCAGGCGCUGGACAAGAUCCACGACUCGGCAAAUCAGCGCGAUGUCUUGACCACCUUUAACGAGCUUAACCCGCCCCCAGAAUCGAGCACAUCCCCCGAAAACAAGGGCUUCGCCGGCGACUUGGUACAAAGCGGCUUCAGCGGGCUGUACUCGAGGUUCAAAGAGGCCGUCGGUGUCACGGGGAGGGAGAAGGGUCUAGGCCAAGAUGAUGCUGAUACGGAUGCUGCUUCCAAGAGGAGCUCCAGCACAACCACUACCACAACUGUGCCCAAAGCUUCGAUAUCACGUAUCGACACAGGCCUGACUAUUUCUACACUGGCUUCUGGCUCUACCGACUCCCUGCGCCCGCCAUCUGGUGGCUUUCCGGAAACGAGCUCCCAGCAGCAAGCGGCCAAAUAUCUAGGGUCGGCUGCUUCUGGUACAACUAAAUCGGCGUCGUCAAGCCGUCAAAACAUCUCGACCAUAAGUAAAUCGGUGGCUGUUGUGGCACCUGUCACUGUGAGUGCGUUCAAAGAUGCUCCACGUAGUGCGUCCAGCCGGGCAGACGACAUCUCUAUUCGCACUACCGAUUCCAGGAAGAGCUCCGCACGACCAAAUGACAAUGCAGGGAUACUGCCAAACCUGGAAAUACCGGGCAGAUAUGAUAACUCCGAGUCCAAGAGUGCAGCGUCCCUAGAAAAGAUCGUGAUACCUAGCCGUCAACGCCGAGACGAGAUUGUAGCCGCGGAUGGUAAUUUGGACUCACCUGUAAGUCCUGCCAAGAGCACACGAUCCUCUGCGGCGGCAUCCGUGCAUCAACACAUUGAGGACCAAGGCCUCCUUUCCCCUACAGCUAGACCUAGUGCAAGAGACGCAGCGCGGCGUCCAGCUGUCAUUGAUCGUAUUACUGGCUCACGCAAUAGAGGCUCGCACUCGAGGUCUUCCUCCCUUUCGCAGAGCACUGCAGAGCCUAGCAAUAUCAUAUCUUCCGCCCAUCAGAAGGUGCGGCAUGACACAUGGGGUCGUGAUGAUAGGCCGCAUAGAAUGAAGUCUGGCGCCUUCCGGAUACCUGGAACGACUACAGACGAAGGCGCACCAGAUACCGUGAAUGCCACCUUGGAGCACAUGAGGAAACAGGUUCUCAGCAAGGACUUCUGGAUGGCAGACGAGGCGUGCAAGGAAUGUUUUCACUGCGGUGCACCAUUCUCAGCCUUUCGCAGAAAGCAUCACUGUCGAACAUGUGGCUGCAUAUUCGACAGUAGAUGCACCACCAUCAUCUCAGGUCAGAAGUUCGGCGUGGCAGGCACAUUGAGGGUCUGCAAACGUUGUCUCGACAUUAUCAGUCAGCGGCAGCAGGACGCAAACAUAUCGGAAGAUUCGGCUGACGACUCUUAUCUGCCUGCCAUCUUUCGCUCCAACCAGAAGUCUGUGACGCUCAAGCUGCCCGAUUCCGACAAAGGGGACACGAGCCCCGUCAGACGACCAGAAGACUACGGUCGCGAUGUGAGGUCGCUUGACACGCCUAUGAUGGCUAUUCCAACUCGACGGAUCGGUGAAUCAUCUAAUCGCAAUUCCGCCAUCCUCGAAAUCGAUGCCCCACAACUAAGCAGACCUAGCUCAUCGAGAUCUCUCAAGUCUCUUGCGGCAAGGCCCCAAUCGUCUAGCCAUAAGCGACAUCAUUCUAAGCACAACCUCUUUGGUCGGUUCAAGCCUUCUCCAGCUGCAGACGAUCGAGCACCAUUCCGGCGAUCCGCCAACGAGGAAAUCGCCAAGAAGACUGGUCUUCCUGCAUUCCAUGACGACAAUGUAAUCGAUCCUGACUUGGCCCCUUUCAUGUCAGAUGAAUCAAGUGGGGAUGAGCAAACCAGUAUCUCUCAGAUCAUGGCUGGAGGUGACCCCAGUUUGUCUACCCUGGACAGUGACAAAUCGACUCUUGGGCCGUAUCUUGGAGCUGGGCGAAGAAAUCGGCUUAGAUACCCGGCGGAAAAGAGUAUCAGCGGACUGAGCGUCUUCAAUGAGAACGGGGCUCCAGGCUCGUACAUCAGGUCUUCACGAAAACGCAAUGCUAGCAUCGCCAGUGCAAGCGUUUACCACCUCCGUUCACCACGACCUAGAAGUGCCCAUCUCAGAGGUCCAGCCGGGUCUACGGAGACACUGCCCACUUUCGAGGGCCCUGCCACGGGGAUCGCCCCAAGGUUGACAAGAAGCUCGUCAAUGAAAGGAGAGAAAGCGCCCCGCGUCGAACUGAACCCAGCAAGUCUAUCCCACGUACGGAAGCUACUCCAACAACUCUUACGAGACUCCGAAAUACCAAAUCUCGCAGCCUGGGAGAAGGCGCUUAUGCCGAUCCUGCUCAAGUGUACCACGUCUGUUGACCCUGAUGUCGAAAGUGGCGAUGACAUUGACAUUCGACACUACGUCAAGCUGAAAAAGAUCCCAGGCGGACGACCAGGUGAUACCAGCUAUAUUUCCGGUGUAAUAUUUACCAAAAAGCUAGCUCAGAAGAGCAUGCCGAGGCGUUUGGCGAGUCCUCGCGUUGUCAUUGUCUCAUUCCCCAUCGAAUAUCGGCGACACCAACAGCACUUCAUGAGUUUAAAACCGGCAAUCGAUGAAGAGAAAGAAUUCCUCAAGGUGAUUGUCAGCCGCAUCGUUACUUUACGGCCCCAGCUGGUGCUAGCCGAGAAGUCCGUAUCUGGGUUGGCAUUACAAUAUCUCUCUGAACAUAAUAUUGCCGUCGCAUACAACGUCAAACCAUCUGUCAUUUAUGCAGUAUCGCGAUGUUUAGAGGCACCUAUUAUAUCGUCAAUAGACAUGCUGAGUCUCCCUGUAGAACGGUUUCGCGUAGGCAGAAGCGUCGGCUUUGAGGUCAAGACGUACGUCAACGAAGAAAUCCCCGGAAGGAAGAAGACGUACAUGUUCCUCUCUAGUAGCAACGAACAGCUAGGCUGCACAAUAGCUCUUCGAGGUGCACCUACACCUAUUCUCACAAAGAUCAAGCAGAUUACUGAUUUUAUGAUAUACGUUGUGUACAAUCUCAAGCUAGAGUCUUGCUUAAUGCGCGACUCUUACAUACAGCUUCCUGACAAUGAGGAGUUACCUAGUCAGCACAGCGAGGAGAGUAAAGUGUCAUUGAGCACUUUCGCCACCAGCGAUGACGACGCACGGCAAAGAAGUCUAUCCACGAUGACUUUCGACGAGCUACCCUCGCAAAGCUCCGUGGAAAGCAACAGGGAAAAUGAAACGCCGCCGGAAUCAGAUUCAGCGAUCGCACAAGCCAACCAGCAGAUCAACAAGUUGAUCUCACUUCACGAGACACAUGGCCGAGCUUCCAAUGAUAGUCUAAUACCUGAUGAUGCACCGAUGCCAACAUUCUAUAGUGACAUGGUGGCCAAAUAUCAGACCAGAAUCCUCUCUGCAUCUCCAUUUGUCAGGUUCGCUCAGCCUUAUCUGCUGAUGAGAGCACGAGAACAAGAACGGCGGCUUGUGCACCUGAAAAAGUUGCGAGAUCAAGACAUUGUCGAAGAGCGUGGCGAAGGGGACAGGUCUAAGCCGCAGAAAUUCCAACUCAUCAAACCCCACAUGGUUCAUCAGACGGGACAAAAAGCACCGCGUGCCAUCAUGGAAGUGCUGCAUGCCGUCCAUGAUGUUGAGUAUGACAAAGCUUUGUACAACUAUCGUGUUCAAACGCGGCAGUGGGAGAACCACAUCAAAGCCAAUCUCGAUUUUUUCGAACCAUCUGCUCAUCAAAAUAUUGUUGUGCUGUACUCUGUAGUCUGUACGGAGAACAAAGUCCCAUGCGUCGAGCCUGGACUUAUUGCCAUCCAAUUCUAUGAUGAACAUGCGGAGAACGACAAAUUUGACUCGGACUGUACUUUGGGUCAAUACAUCGAGGAUGUUUGUUAUGGUGCCGAUUCGAUAUGUACUGGCACAUCUUGCGAUCGCAAAAUGCUCGCACAUCAUCGCACCUAUGUCCAUGGCGAUGCUCGAAUCACAUUUUUCCUUGAGCAAAAUAACAAAAAAGGCAUAUCAAAGGAUAGUAUCACCAUGUGGAGCUACUGUAAAAACUGUAAGAAGGAAACUGCCGAGACAGAAAUGUCUCAGGGAACUUGGAAGUACUCAUUUGGCAAGUAUCUCGAGCUUUCGUUCUGGAGCAGAGGCACGCGCCUGGUCAACAAUGAGGAUGGUGACGCUUGGGAUUGUCCUCAUGACCAUCACCGUGAUCAUAUACGCUACUUUGGGUUGCAAGACAAGGUGGUGCGUGUUCAUUAUGACCCCAUUGAUCUCUUGGAAAUCGUUGCUCCUCGAGCACGAAUUACUUGGAAGGUUGAGCAUGAUCUCAAUUUAAAGAAUGAAAUUUUCACGGCAAUACAAGAUCGAUGGUCUCGGUUCACAGCAUCCAUCAAAGCAAGGAUCAAGGCAAUCAGGCUGGAUAAUAUUGCCCCCGAGAAAGCAGAGGCUUGCAAAACCGAAGUUGAGCGCUUGACGAAGAAGGUUCAAGACGAUCAUGUCUUAAUCAUCCGAAGGCUGCAGGAUUCAUACAUGAACUCCAAGUACUAUGAAGUCAUUCCUCUAAGUGCAGUCCUGCGAGGUGAGAUAUUCACAAAAGUCACGGAAUGGGACGCUGCUUUUGCCAAGUUCGAAAUUGAUUUCCUUCCCACCGAGAAAGACCUUCGAAGGCUGACAAUGCUUCAAUUGCGCAAAAUGUUCACAGAUGAGUCGAAGGAAUCCCUCAUCAGUAACGAAACUCCAACUGAGACACCAGACGCAACUGAAAAACCAUCGCAAAUGUUUGGACCUGAAAGUGCAGCUAGUGAAAUCAGCGAAGUCAGCGGAAUCAGUGGAAUCAGUGGAAUCAGUGAGGAGCGGCCUAGUGACCGAUUAACGGAGAAGGAGCCCGUGCAGAUCGUCCCAGACCUUGAUAUGAGCGUAGGGGCCGACGCUCAAGCGGCGCCUGUUCUAGCUCCUGACGCCGUUCUAGAAAGAGCCGAGCCUUUGGACUUGGCUACCACGCCUGCGACUCCUAGACAAAGCUUUCUCAACCCGAGCCAGACCCAGUCCAUCGAUGUUCCUCCGCUUGUGCCGGACGAAACGCCAGAGGCUGAGCUGUCAACUCCCACCACAUCGCCAGCACCGUCUGUUGCAUUGCCAAAUGUAGGCGGCCCAUCAAUGUCGGUGGCUGAGCAGAUCGACCAACUUCGUCGGCGCCAGCAGUCUGUCGUUCUUGAUGAGGCUAGAGAGGUGAAUGCCGGAACCAAAGACUCGCCUCAAGCUACGCUUGAGCCUCAAAGGACUGUGGUUCCUGAAAACCUUCCGUCCCGUAGAAAGGGGUUGCACGUAUCGCCUCCUAUGGUCCGUGCUAUGUCACAGCCAGCACAUAGUAUGCCGACUCUACCGCGUACCCAGUCUGCUAGCAGCAGGAAGUUUUUCGGCCUUGGCAAGGAUAAGGACAGAACGCCAACGACAGAGCAGGCUUCUAGCAUAGAUCUACGUAAAAUCCCCACAAACGAAUCUGUCAAAGGCGAAAAGAAGCUCUUUAGUCUGCGGUCCAAACACGGAAGCAAGUCCUCUAUUCCUCGAUUUGUUGGCCGUAAGAAGGAUUCGAGAGUGUCUACUCUUGCACGUCACUUUGAGCAGUUGAGUCGCGAGUUUGAGAAAGAGAGAAAGAAAGAUGAAAAACAGCGUGCUGCUAAGAUGUCACACGCUCGGGCUUUCCUCCAACGUUCUACAACCAAGGCUAUAGUGGAAGUAUACGAAGAUCCCGAUGAAGCCGUCCAAGAGCCGGGUCAGGCUACAGACGACUCUGCGAUGGACAAAGAUACUGAGGGCACCAAGAAUAGUGGAGAGGUUGAUACACACACUGAUAUUCUUUCCGAUGCUGGCGCCGAUGGCGAUGAUGCCACCCCAAUAGCUCGGCCAGGCAUGCUCCAGUUUCCGACCGAUACUUCACAACCACAAGCUGAGGAGCGUCCAAAUGAAGAUACCGCUACCGAGGCAGAAACGGAUGAUCAAGCUCAAAAUACCAGCCAACUACCAACAGAUGACGAGCAGGGAGAAAGCGAUACGGAGCAAUCUCUCCUUGAGGGAAGCGCGCUGGAGGAGAUUGCGGAUUCUCUCGAUCCUAGCACUGACAUACCUUUGGAACUACCGAAACAGGACAAGACAAACUUCAUGAAAAUUCUCACCAACUUCUGGGCAGAACGAAGUGCGAGCGAAUGGCCAGCGUUGGAAUAUCCUAUUAGCGCGAUGGAUCACUUGUUCGAUCAUUCUGAUAUUAUUGUCAGAGAGGAUGAGCCAAGCUCAUUGAUAGCUUUCACAUUGGAUUGCGAAGAAUAUCGCGAAAAGGCUAGAAAAUUUCACGGGCGAAAGGAUCCAGAGGUCCUUGAAAGUGAGAUAGACACAGAAGGUCCCGGCAUCCCCACAGCUGACUGGCACAUGGCCAGUGAAGAAGGUCUCGAGGCCAGCAUGCGGAAGGUUGGAAGCAAACAUCUCAAGUUUCAGUUCAAUGAAGGUUCCGCCAAGAUGUUGGUCAAGAUAUUCUAUGCAGAACAGUUCGAUGCAUUGCGGAUAAAGUGUGGCUCUGCUCAUAGAAUCAUUGAGUCCUUGUCACGCUGUUUGAAAUACGACUCCAAGGGCGGAAAGUCAAAGUCAGUCUUCCUUAAGACCCAGGAUGAUCGACUGAUGAUGAAGUCUUUAUCACCAAUUGAGACCUCCGCUUUCCUGAAAUUCGCUCCUAUAUACUUUGAGUACAUGGCCGAAGCCCUGUUCCGAGAUCUGCCUUCCGUCAUAGCAAAGAUGUUGGGCUUUUUCCAGGUCAUAAUCAAGAAUCCACUGACGAAUACUGAGAUCAAACUUGAUCUGCUACUCAUGGAAAACCUUUUCUAUGAUCGAGCGCCAACAAGGAUUUUCGAUCUCAAGGGCUCCAUGCGGAAUCGAAAAAUUCAGUCAACUGGCGAGCAGAACGAGGUUCUUCUAGACGAAAACAUGGUUGAAUAUAUAUAUGAAUCACCACUCUUUGCGCGUGAGCACUCGACCAAACUUCUGCGCGCCUCGGUCCGGAACGACACGCUUUUCCUCGCCAGGCAAAAUGUUAUGGAUUACAGUCUUAUGAUCGCUGUGGAUGAAGCUAAGAAGGAACUCGUCGUCGGAAUUAUUGACUGCAUUCGCACAUACACGUGGGACAAAACGCUUGAGAGCUGGAUCAAGGGACGCGGCUUCGCUGGAGGGGGUCGCAAUCGGCCUACUGUGACGAGUCCACGGGAGUACAAGUCCCGUUUCAGAGAAGCCAUGGCUAGGUAUAUCCUAGAAGCGCCAAACUGUUGGCAUCAAUUCCAUGUACCCUCGAUGCACAGACCACCAGCAUACCUCAAUGCGAUUGGCGAUGAUGGGGCCGAAGAGCUUGCUCAAGAGUAAUCGUCUUGAAGCCAGUGAAUGUCUAGGUAGUUCCGGAUCAUUCAGAUGAAUGCUAUGGAUUUUGGGUUGUGUUCUUGGGAGGGCAUUGCGAGGCGUUGGGACAGCAUUGAUAUAUAGCAUAAAGACAAAUAGGUCUAGUAGCCAAUAACGAUGCGUGAAAUGCCCUUUGUGUAAA